AUGAAUGCCAUCAAGAAAAGAAUCAGCAGCUCGCAGCAGAAUGACUCGCUUAGUCCCAAUAUCAGCAACUCGGCUAGCAGUACCAACAGAAUCAGCACGUCUAGUGAAAGAGAGAACCUAGAAGGGUUAUCGCGUGAACUUAUCCCCAUAGUGACAUUAAUGUCAUCGCAAUCCCAUCGACGUUAUAACGAAGGACUUUUUAUGAUCUACUACGAUUUAAACGGUGAUGGUAAACCGGCAGAUCGAGAAUGGAAAGAGGUUUACGGUAUUUUAACCGGUAAUCAGCUAGCUUACUGGGACGCUGCCAGUUUAGCCCAAUUCAAGCACAACCCCGAUGCACUUUUCGAUUUAUCGGCAAAGCCCAACUAUAUCAACUUCACCGACUCCGUAUACAAUGCCGUUAAAAGCUUGCCUGCGGCAACUCAGAAUCUCGAUAAUGUCAUCAUUGUUUCAACAACGUUGAAAAACAGAUACAUCCUCCAAUUUAAAACCGUGAGCGAUUUGAACACAUGGUAUUGCGCGUUGAGGUUAUCAAACUACGAAUACAAGUCCUUGCAGGAAGCAUACACCGGAGCUUUGCUAUCUGCUAGAGGCUCUAGAUUAUCUGACAUUCGAACCAUCUUGGCUGAAAAAAGAUUUGAUCAUGAAGAAUGGGUCAGUAUCAGAUACGGAAGCGGGAUGGCCUGGAAGCGCUGCUACGUCGUGGUUGAACCGUCGACUUCUAAAAGAAAAGAGUUUAUACCGGGCCGAAUCUUGUGCUAUGAAAACGAACAGAAAAAGAAAAAGGGCUUGAUGGCGGUGCUCACCAAUGCCUCAGCCGUGGCAGCUGUAUAUCCUCAGUCGCAUUUAUUGAUUGACCACUCAACCAUGUUGAAGAUGGAAGGAUUCAUCAAUUUCACCUCGCCAAGUUUGUCAACCAAAGUCAGUGCGAGAAGCGCAAGCGAUUUCAAACAAACAUCCGUGUUCUUGAUGCCCGAGCAACACUCAGCAGUACCAGGGUUCGACACUUUGAUUAGGUUCUUGGUGCCGUUGUUGGACGCCUUUGGGCUUUACGGAAGACCUAAACGGUUAAAGGCCAACCGUAACGAUGUUGACUCGCUUUUAUUUGGACUUCCCACUUUACCCCACGUCCACUACUUUGAAUUGGAAGAUAUAAUCAAACUAACCAGCCAAGGCGAUUUCUUCUCGUGGGAUAUGAAAGCUUGGAACUCAAACAUCCAGGCCUUGUUGAAAUCAAAGAUUGAUCGAGGCUACGACGGUUGUGGGAGCCAGAAAGGCUACAGCGGAGCUAUCAAGUCUCUCAAGAGUCCAGUUUUGAGCACCACACCAAGAAAGACGAGUGCCAACACGCAGCUUUCCUCUUCGUCGUCGUCUUCCUUGAGAAAGACAUCUUCAAAUUCAACUCAGCCACCCAACAACUACCUUCCAACCAGUCCGUCUCCAAGGUUAGCCGGUAAAGGUCUUGACCGCAAUGUCAACAACCUAUCUGUCGAGACAAUGAAUAAGGGAGCCUCAGGCAAAAGCAGUGACCGUACUACUACCACCCCGCGGAUUCUUGUCGACGAGUCUGCUGCUGAUUACCGUCGUCACGAUUCGGUGCAGCUCGCGGAAAUAUACCAGAAAUACUCGGAUUUGAAGUACCCGGAUUUGAACCCACCAACCGAUGCUCUGUACACAACGGGCGCGGUGAAGAAUUUGAAUGGCGAUGACUUGUCGGCUGGAAUAAGCAAACUCGAUAUGAACAAGAACGUUUAUCCUACCAACGACAGCGGUCUCUUCAGUGGAGAUGACGACGAAAACUACGACGACGAUAGCGGAGAAGACAGCGUUGACGUGAGAACAAUCGGGUUGAACUCGCUGAAGAAUAGCGCAAAGAGCAGCGGCUUGAAGGUGCCCUCAUAUGCCGACAAAAGCAGCAGCCACUCAUCGGUUGCAUCUCCAAUGACACAGUUUAAUGAUUUCCGCGACCAGUUAAAAACCGUGGAGGGGUUCAACAAUGACUCGCUCUCCAGCCUCAGUUCGGGAUCUUCUUCAAAGCCGACACCUCCUCCGCAUGCACUGCCCGAAAAUCUCGAUGAGGUGCAGGGAGCAAACACCAACACUGCGACGUCGUCCAAGUCUUCCCUUAAGUAUCCAGGUGCGGUUAAAUCACCGCUAGCUAUUGCCGAUCCCACCGACAAACCGAGAUUCAUCUCGUCACCAAACUCAUCGCAAAACCAUAUAAAUAGGUUCCCAAACAGCCUGCCAAUACCCUCAACGUCGCCGACAAAAAGAGGGGGAGAAUUGCAAUACCCCGUUUCUCCUGUUCGUGUGGACGAAUCGAAACUUGCCUCAGCCUCAAACUCACACCCACACUCACACUCGAAUAGCGAUUUGCAAUACCCCGUUUCUCCCGUGCGUAUGGACGAGUCAAAACUUGCCUCAAACUCACACUCGCAUUCAAAUAGCGAUUUGCAAUACCCUGUCCCCUUUGGUCAGAGACAGGCGUCACCACCACGAUCGAGGCAGAAUGCACCGCAACCGGGACUUUCUCAGGGCCAGAAUCUGUCGAGGGGAGGGCAUGCAUAUCCAGUAGCAGUGGACGCCCUGAAGAUGAAAAGAAACGCAAACGGACAGUACGGACAUCACAGUCAGCACGGUCAGAGGCCGGACCCUCGCCAUCAUCAUCAUACAGCAGCCAACAGCAAUAAUAACUUGGGCCGCCAUCAACAACCUGUGAAUGUGCCUCAAACUCAUGCUGCCAAGGGGGUAAAUUACCAAAAUGCUUCUCGUGGUGGAGGAGCACCGCCGCCGCCGCAGCCGCUGCAAAUUCCACUCAACAGCGGAGUGAUGUACUCUUCUCGGCCAGAUCCAAAUCCCGCGGCACGUCAUCAAGCGGUGCCUCUGCAACAACAAAGACUCCCACCCCAUCAUCCCAACCAACCCUCUUACCAAACUACAGGAGGAGGUAAUUUACGUGGAUACGAUAAUCCUCAGUAUCUCUACAGCUACAGUAACGUCCCUGGUCAAGGUCAAAAUUAUGCACCGCAAGGACAAAGCUCGUUAGCACAGUCGCGACAUCCAUAUGCGCAAGCGCCAGAUCAAUACCGUGGCGGUGGCAGCAGCAGCUCGAGACAAUACUAA